AUGAACGUCCUCGUCUACACCGGUUCGGAUGUAUCUUCGACUUUCCACCAGCACACCCUUUCCUCCAUCCGCUCCAUCUUGGCCCCGAACUACGCCGUGCAAGCCGUCAACUCGACGUCCCUCGCCUCGCACCCAUGGUCUAAAGGAUGCGCAAUGCUCGUUAUGCCUCCUUUACUGUCUCAGGGCCAAACCGGAACGCCAGAAUCACCUUUCAACACCGCUGCGGCUCAGGCGGUCCAGAAGUAUGUCGUCGCUGGCGGGCGUCUUCUGUCGCUGGGGAAUGUCGCUCGCGUGAGCCCAGCUCAGACUCGGGGGCUGCCGGACACGUCAUCGAGCAGCAAACUGUCCCUGGAAGACGAGGAUCGCCGAAUCGCCGUGACGAUCGCUCCAAGCACCGAUGCUCCAGCUUCGGCCGACGUGCAAGUGGUCAACAGCUACGUCGUCGAGGGAUUGCCGACAGCAGGCUCGAUCGAUCUGACUGCGAUACCAGACCUGGGGAAGGUCGGCGUCGAAGUCCUCGCGCGAUAUCCAUCUGGCGCGACGGUCGCUGGCGCAAACAUCCCACUCGGCCAGGGAGUGGUAGGCGUGUGGACUCUGUGCGUUCCACAAGAGUACGCCGCGCAGCCCGGAAUCAUCGCACUCCUCCGCUCGACCAUCGACGCCCUUGGUUUGCAGCUCUCCAUGUCGAACGCAGUCGCACGGCCCACCCCUCAAGUUCUCUGCUCAGCACCUUGGCGUCCUGGCGUCGUCGAGCAUGCCCUCCGUUCAAUUGGUGUCUCGGCUCUUACGCACGAGCUCGCGGACAAGAACGACACCUUUCUCUUCCACUCGCAGGAGCAGGCGACGGCUGUCUUUGAGCAGCAGCGGGUUGCGGCAGAUACCGUGAGCGACGACUCCACGACGUGGAAUCCGAAGCACAUCGUCGUCUACCCCGGCGCAAUCCUCCCUGCCACCGAACUCACGCCGCGCUUCAAUAUCACUGCAUACUACGAAGCUCUCGCGGACGCCCGGAAAGGACAAGCAUGUCCGGACACCUAUGAAGACGAUACCUGGGGAGUGGGGGAAGCGCUGUUGUAUGGCGAGGUUGUGACCAGCACACAGACGAUGCUCGACAAAAACACCCAUCUGCUCACUUCCCUCCCGACGCCGCUUGUCUCGCUGGCCUCAAUGCAAUUGACCGGUCGAGGCCGCGGUGCGAACGUGUGGCUCUCCCCUCCAGGAUGCCUCCAAUUCUCCCUUCUCCUGCGCGCGCCUCUGUUAGCGCUUCCGGGCUCGCGCCUCGUCUUCGUGCAGUACCUCGCGGCGCUCGUUCUUGCGGACGCGUGCCGGGAUCCCGCGGUUCUCGGAACUUCAACCGGGGAUGCUGUGCGCAUCAAGUGGCCGAACGACAUAUACGCAAUCACCCAGGAUGGCGAGAGGAAGAAGAUCGGCGGCAUCCUGGUCAACACCAGCUUCGGCCAAGGCAAGGUCGAGAUCGUCGUCGGCUGUGGCCUCAACGUGCUCAACCCGCCGCCGAUCCUCUCACUCGGGCAGCUCGCGCGGGGCAGCGCCGCCCCGCCGACGAUGGAGCGCACCUUCGCGGCGAUCAUGGCGCGCUUCGAGCUCAAGUGGUCCGAGUUCCUCGCCGCGCGUGGGUCCUUCGAGCCGUUCAUGGAUGAGUACCUGGAGCGCUGGCUCCACUCGGACGAGCUCGUGACGCUGACCACGGUGUCGCCGGCGCGCAAGGUGCGCAUCGUGGGGAUAACGCCGGAGCACGGGCUGCUGCGGACGAUGGCGGAGCCGGACGCGUUCUCGUCUCUUCGAGGUGGAGGCGGACCGGAGUUCUUUGACCUUCAGCCGGACGGGAACAGCUUCGACCUUUUGGCAGGACUCAUCAAGACGAAGGGGGCGUGA